UACCACAACAUACCAAUGUUGUACUUUGUCUAAAACAAAUCAAGAAUCAAAGCUUGCAUUUGUAUUGUCUGAAAUGGCCGAUUCAAGCACACAGAUUCUUAGCAUAGUUAUCUUCCUUGCCCUCGUUUCUCAAGGUUAUAGUCAAUGUUCCUUGCAUGAUCUCUCCGUAGAACAAAGUCAAACAGGAGCCAAAGUUCAUGGGAAAACAGAAUGGAGUGUGACUAUCACCAACAAGUGUCCAUGUGUUCAAACGAAUGUGAUUUUGAAUUGCAUUGGAUUUAAAUCUGCUGAAAGAAUAGACCCUUCACUUUUGCGUGUCACACCUAAGGGUUGUCUUGUUAAUGAUGGUCAAUCUAUCUAUUCAGAUGCUAUCAAAUUCAAAUAUUCUUGGGAUAACUCGUUCCCAUUGAAUCCUAUUUACUCAGAGAUUGCAUGUUCUUAGAUAUAGAUUCAAGGGAUUUUCUCUCAUAAUCUUUUAUCUUAUUUGUUAUAGGUUCUUUAUUGAUAAACGAUAUCAUUCUUGAA